AAACAUCAAAGUUGUAAAAAAAAUAAAAAAAGAAUGACAGAGUUUGAAGAUUUGCCUGAAGGAUGCCUCACCACCAUAAUAUCUCGCACGACUCCUGUUGACGCCGGAAAACUCUCUCUCGUCUCUAAAACUAUCCAUUCUGCCUCUGAUUCCGAUGCUGUCUGGAAUGCCUUUCUUCCUCCCAACUCCAAUUUCAUGGACUCUAUCAUCUCACAUUCUCCUUCACUUGCUAAUCUUCCUACCAAAAAGUCUCUCUAUCUAGCCCUCUCUGAUCGCCCUAUCAUCAUCGACAAUGGUCGAAAGAGCUUUCAAUUGAAUAGAAAGAGUGGAAAAAAGUGUUACAUGCUUGCGGCGAGAUCUCUCACAGUCAUUUGGGGUGAUGAUCAGCGCUAUUGGAAUUGGAUUUCUACGCCUGAUUCCAGGUUCCCUGAAAUAGCUAAGCUUUGUCAGGUGUGCUGGUUUGAAAUUCGUGGAAUAAUCAACACUCUUGCCUUGUCCCCAAAUACUCAGUAUGCAGCUUAUCUUGUGUUCAAGAUGAUUGAUGCCUUUGGAUUUGAGGACGAAACUGCGGACUUAACAGUUGGAGUCAAAGGUGGCCAUAUCAACACUAUAUCAGUUUAUUUGGAUCCAAACAGUGAACCUGGGCCACCCAUAGGUAGGUGGUACCCUGAGGGGAGGAGGCCGAUGCCACCCAACAUAGAAGAAUUGCAACGUCCUAGUGUGAGAAGCGAUGGAUGGCUGGAGUUUGAGAUGGGAGAAUUCUUCAAUUCAAGCCUCGAAGAUGAAGUCGAGAUGACUGUUACGGAGAUAAAGGGUAAUUGGUGGAAGGGGGGUUUUUUUCUUGAAGGAAUAGAAUUUAGGCCUAAAGAAGACAAUUAAGCAACAUCACUGAAUAGAAGUUAGGCCUAAACAAGACAAUUAAGCAACAUUACUGAACUAUGCAGUGUUUUGUGUCUUGUUUCAAACUGUCUCUUGAUUUGCAGUCUCUUAAUAACAUUGAUUAAAGUUGAAUCAAUGUUUGAUAGAUUAGAAUUUAAGUUAUAAAAAAUGUGUCAUUUAUACUUUUUUGUUGUUUCAAAAUAAUUGUUCAUUUACAAUAUCAAUGCAAUAUUUUCUUUCCUACUA